GUGCGCAGGGAGAGAGAGCUGUGGGUUGAUACGGGGGAAUGCAAUAGCGGCGGGGCGCUGUGAAAUGGGAUGGGCUCCAAGUGUCGCGUGGCGUGGGAGUCUACGUGGCGGAUGAAAUGCAAUAGCGGCGGUGCGCUGUGAAAUGGGAUGGGCUCCAAGUGUCGCAUGGCAUGGGAGCCUGCGUGGCGGGUCUUAGAACGGAACAGUCCCAUUUCUCAUGCGUCACUUCUCUCCUCUUCUCUAUAUUUAGGAGGAGAUCGAGACGGAGGAUCUUCUCGAUGCUUGAAGCUCCUCUUACCUGCACACGUCGCAGCGCUCGAAGACGGAGGAGGAGCAGAAGUGAAGGGUGACCGCUCAAAUGGAGAAGAAGCACCUUUCUGCCAUUGCCAACGAUCUUCUUCACAGAUGUGCACUGGAACUGGACACCUCAGUAGAUGCACUGGUGAGGGAUUUUGAUGUUGGAUGGACGCCAGAACUAGGUGAUUAUUCCAAGAAACUAGUACAAUUUUGCAGCUCAAAGGCUCUUCAUAGCAUGUGUCGUAAUAUAGAGGAGAAGAUCAAUGAUGGAUCCUUUAGCCGUUUUACAUUUGACAUGAUGCUUGCUUGGGAGAUGCCAAGAUCCCCUGAUGAAGAGUCAUUCACGGAGGGCAUUGCAAAGGAAAAAGAAGACAAAGAAGUGCCAAUGAAAGUGAAUCAAGACCAAGAUGACAUCCCUCUUUUCUAUUCAGACCUCAUGCCACUCCUUGUCGAUAAUGAGCCAUGUGUCGGAGAAGAUGCAUUCGUGUGGCUGGCAUCAAUAGUUCCAUUAGUUGCUGACAUCAUCAAUGGGAGAUUCACUUUUGAAUGUCUAACAGAACCUACAGGCCUCCGGCUCCAUUUCCCAGCUUAUGAUAAAUUUAUAAAUGAAAUAGACAGAUGCAUAAAGCAUUUACAGAAGCAGGCAACACCAAAUGGCAUGGAACUAGCAGAUGAUGAAUUUAUAUUGCACGUAGAGGGAACUGCGAGCACACAGAGAGUAGUACGCCAUAUUGGAGGAACAAGUUGGCCUGGUAGGCUUACUCUAACCAAUUAUGCUCUCUACUUUGAGGCGUCUGGAGUCAUAUCCUACGAAGAUGCACUUAAAAUUGACCUAUCAAAGGACAGUCAGCAGAUUGCAAAACCAGCUUCCACGGGCCCUUGGGGUGCUCCAAUUUUUGAUAAAGCCAUAGUCAUUGAUUCCUCAGAGUUAUCGGAGGGUAUUGUGCUGGAGUUUCCAGAGAUAACAAGCUCCAUAAGACGCGACCAUUGGCUUGCUCUCGUGAAGGAGGUUAAGUUGUUGCAUCAAUUCUUAUUGAAAUGCAAAGUGAAAUCCCCAACACAAGCAUGGGAGAUGCAUGCAAGGACAAUAUUAGGGGUCAUAAGGCUCCAUGCAGCAAGAAAAUUGCUUAGAUUAUCACCCCCUGUUCCCACAAAAUUCCUGAUUUUCUCUUUGUUGGACGAGUUACCUAAAGGAGACUAUAUACUGACAGAGCUUUCAGAGUCUUUAAAUACGAUUGACAGUGGACAUCCAUGCAGUGCUAGCUCAAUUUUAAGGAGCUUAAAUGUGUCCCAAUCAACUGCCCCAUGUAAAGAGGUAAAAGAAGUUUGUCUGGAAGGAAGUUUUAGUGGCCAAAGUGACAAUGUCUCAUCAUUGGAGAGCGCUAUUGAUCAAGCCAGAGAGGAAGCAAGGCAAGUUGAUACUGCCAGAGCUACUAUUAAAGCGCUGAAAGAUGAUGGGAUCAGCAAUAGUAUCCUUCUUCUUAUGGAACAACUAAGCACGCUUAAAGAUGUAUUGAUUUGGUUCCAAGAUGUUCUUACAUGGAAAAGACCGGCUACUUCUAUUCUUGUGAUGGCCGCAUCCCUAAUAGUACUGUACAAGGAGUGGUUUGGAAAGGCUAUAGCAGUUCUUAUGUUGUGCAUAGUUGCAAAGAUGCUUCAGCUGAGACACGAGAGGAUUAAAGACAAAUCAACAAAGAUGGUGGUGUGCUCUGCCUCUGACCAGACAACAAUGGAGAGCAUAGUGUCGGCACAGCAUGGAUUGAAAACUGUCUAUGACAUGGUGGAGAAAGCUAACAUUGCAAUUCUGAAAAUUCAGUCAGUACUGGUGUCAAGGACAACUAAGCAUGCAAAUUUGGUGAUGAUAGCGGUCACAGGAUUGGCAAUCUUGGUAGCGGUUGUUCCUUUGAAAGCCAUAAUUAUGGCUGUCACAUUGUGGUACUUCAUAGCUAUGUCAAAGAUGGGGAAAUACAUGCAAAGCAACAGUGGCGACAGGCGGCUGAAGGAAUGGUGGGAAUCCAUUCCUGUCAUUCCAGUUCAAAAAGUGGACAAUCCCCAUUGCCCUACGUAGAUCAUAUAUAGCUUAGGUUUUCAUGCAUGAACAUAGUUUCUCUCAUCUGCAUUAAAAAUUUAAUGUACUGUUAUUUUUAGUAAAGGGGGUCUCUGCUUUCUUUGUUCGCAGACAAUACAUGAUCAUACUGAUUUUAAAAUUUUUGUUGGUUAUAUACAUGUUCAUACCAAGCCAUUUUGAAACUUGUUGAAUAUUUGGCUCCUGUAAAAAACAAAGUUUUGUGAUUGUGUUCCUUCUUGUAGGUAGGUAGUGCACGAUUGGUAAAUUAAGUUUCUAAUUUGAUUUUUACAUGUUCUC